AUGAAGUCCGAGCCUUCACAAAACACUAGGAAUCCCCAGAAUCAACGAAACUCGAUAACAAGCUUCGAAUACCAGGUAUUUGCUGUUUUAUAUAUUAUUUAGGUGUUUUCUUUGUGUUUUUCAUGGGUUUAAAUAUUUUAGUGGAUUUUUUCAUAAUUUUAUAAAUUUUAGGUAUUAAUUUUAUCCUUUUUUCAGGACGAUGGCACUGAUCCUGAGUAUUAUCAAUAUAGAAGGAACAAAAAGCAUGAGGAGCUGCUUGAACUGCCUAUGUUCCCUAAAAGAGACCAAGUUGGAUAUUUCAGUGGAAUAUCAGGACUUUGGAAUCGACGAGCUCUUAGGAAAAGAAUUGUAAGUUAUUUUCUGUUAUUUUCCUGUUUAGGUAAUGUUUCAAUUAUCAGAACUGAUUCUUUGGUUUCAGAAGCUUUUUGAGAAGAAGGAGGCCAAGAAUUUUGUGAAGGAGAUGUGCUACAAGAUCGAGAAAUUGCUGUUUGACCAGGACUUGGAGGGUUCUAUUAGUUGUUUUCUAAUGAAAGACAUGAAGAAUGUUGAUGUAGAUGUGAGGUUUAAGAUCUUUGAGGUCAAGUUUGGGUAAAUUUUUAUUUUUUAUAACUUUGUUACCUAAAAUUUUUCAAAAAAUUUAAACCAUUCUUUAAAUAUAAACAUUCUGUCAUAAUUUGAUCUUUUACAUUUUAGUGAAGAUCUCACGACAUGGCUAAGUGAACUUCCAGAUAACUGUAGCCGAAUAAAGACGAUAACCAGAGACUUGAAAAAGAUUCUAAUGGAUCAUACUCAUUGCAAUAAGAUAGGCGUCGCGAUGGUUGACGCUUUACAGCAUAUCGAUGCUGUAAAGGCUAGGGAUCCUUUGAAUAACUGGUGUGACUUUGAAUCAGAAGCUGCUGAUCGUGUCGUUCAGAGGAUUCAGGAGUUUGCAACAUUUGUCGUGGGAAUGAUAAAGUGGUCGCUGUUGAUAGAGCCUGGUCGUCCGAGGACGGAUCUGUCGGUAUGUAACUUUUUUAGGUAAUAUUUUGAACAUUUUCAAGUUUUAGGUGUUUGAUACUAGUUUUUAUGUUAGUAUUGUGUGUAUCUAAUAAGCCUAUGAUUAGUAAGUAUAUUUCAGGAGUUCAUGAUUGAAUUCGAGAUCCUCGAGAAGUUUUUCGAGCACGCUGACUUAAGUCGACCUGAACUGUCGCAGAUCGCCUUCGAUGAGAAUUACUCGACUCGGGCUAGGAACCGCAGUAAGUGUAAAUAUUUGUAAUCAAUUACAGUAGUUGAAGGAUUAGUUUGUGGAGAUCUGAAUCGUGUUGUACUGAAGCUGGAAUCUGAUACUUUUAAUGGCAAUACUACAAUAUUGAAGCCGAGCGACGUUUUUGGAGAUUUCGACUGUCCGAAUAUCAAAUAUCAGGAGGAUUGGUAGGUAUAGUUUGGAAGUUUAUUUUUAUCAAAACCUUUUAAGUAUGUCAAUAUUAGUAGUUAAAAUUGUCUAACCUUAUGAUUUUGUUGUUUGUAGUGGCACCAAUGACUUUAUUCACGCCAAUUACGUCCUCGGAGGUCCGUUGACGAAUACAUUCAUAUUGACACAAGCGCCUAUGUCAAACACGAUAAAUGACUUCUGGCGGAUGAUAUGGCAAGAGAAGAGUGAGUAUAUUAUCAUGUUGUGUGGAGCAGUGAGUACCGAUAGUAUGACCAUGAUGGGCACCGAUAAACCAUCGAAUUACUGUCCGUAUUAUUGGCCAAAGUAGGUUUAUUUGGUAAAAGGUGACAUUAGUAAUGUAUUUUAAUGUCGAUUAUUAUUCUUACUGAAAUUUUUAUGUUAUGUUAAUUUUAUUGUGAUUUUUCAGAGUUCAAGGUGGUAUCAUGAACGUUGGUAAUUACGUGGUGAGGAAUGAUUACAUCAAUUGCACGAUGGACCCAGAGUUUGCUGUGACAACUCUGAGUAUUUGGCGUGCUGACGAUCCUUCCAAUGUACAUCGAAUUCAACACUGGCAGUACGACUGGAACGACUACACUGACUAUCAUUGGCCUUUAAGGAUACUACAAAGGUGAGUUUUGGAAAUUGUAUGAGUAUUAUGGAAGUUAUUUAAUAGCGUUAUAUAAAAGAUGGCAUUAUAUAGUUAUGGAAUUUCAUAUUAUAUGUUUUCAGGACACGAACUUCACUAACCCCAUCCGUAAUCCACUGUAUGGAUGGCUGUGGACGGUCGGGGACGCUGGUUUUGAUCGAGGUAAUGCUGAUGCAACUCCUCAGAGGUUCCAACAAUUCUUCGAAUCCCAUGCUCACCUCCACGAUAUUCCUGCGACUUCAGCGACGGAACGCGGUAGCCAACAGUCUGCAGUACUUAUAUGCAUAUCGAGUACUGUUGCAUUGGUGUGAGCCUUACGUGUUGUCGCAAUACCAUCGCUUUAGUCUCGGAUACAUGUUCGACGAGUCUGGAUUCUGUGGCAAAUUUGAGGAAAUGGCGGCCGCUCACUACAGAAGACCGAAGAAGAUACGAACGCUAGCUAACUAA